AUGUUGCUGUUGCUUCUGUUUUCUAAUCAUUGCGUUAUGGUGGUACCAGCGGUAAUAAUAAAAAUGUACACGUCUUCAGCAGCAACCGGAGGUGUUGAUGUUGCCGGAGGCAAACUAGAUACAUACAAAAUCCCCAGCGAUCCGAUCUGGGAAGUGCCUCGGGAUCGAGUCCGUCUUGGUAGGCAGAUUGGUGCCGGUGCCUUUGGAGUUGUCUAUGAGGGAACUGUAAGUGACCCUACCAAGGAGUUGGCAGACCUUGUUCGAGAAAUGGAGAUUCUCAAGCAAUUUAAUCCUCAUCCACAUGUGAUCCAACUCUAUGGCGUCUGCACUCAAAAUGGUCGACUGCAGGUGUUGGUUGAGUUGGCUCCCUACGGGAAUCUUCGCGACUUCCUCAUGGACCGCAGACCACGCAGAGACCAAAAAUCGGCAAAUCAGCCCUUUUCGCACUUGUCAGCUCGUCAUCUUGUUAGUUUCGGAUUACAGGUUGCAAAGGGAAUGGACUACCUCGCAAGACAGAAUAUUAUACAUCGCGACUUGGCGGCCCGCAACAUCCUUAUCGGCUGUAGAUUUGUGGCCAAAAUAGCCGAUUUUGGGCUGACUAGGAGUGUGUGUGAUUAUUACCGGAAGUGUAGUGAUGGUCGCCUACCUAUCAAGUGGAUGGCCCCUGAAUCGAUAUUCGAUCGCCGGUACACAACAAAAAGUGAUGUAUGGUCAUUUGGAAUUCUGCUCUGGGAGAUAUUCUCCUACGGAGGAACGCCCUACCCGACUCUAUCUGCAGAGUCACUUUUGAAGGCACUUCAGAUGGGAUUCCGAAAUGAGCAACCACUCGCCUCCCCCAGCCAUGUCUAUGGCCUAAUGCUUUCGUGCUGGUCCAUUGACCCAGCCUGCAGACCAACCUUUUCUCAGCUCGUAGCCUCCCUCCAACAGGCUUAUGAUGACGUAAUUAAUGAAAAUAGCUCCUCAUCUUCCUCCACCUCGUCCUCCAGAUCAUCUUCUCCUACAAUUUCCACGGUCUAUCUUACUUUAAAUAACAAUAAUAUUAAUAAUUACAACAAUCCGAGUGCCCUAGUUACCACCACAGCUCCGUCCAUCUGUCAGUCCGUGUCCCCGUCGGUCUAUCAAUCGAUUAUACCGCAAUUCUCAAUGCAGCCACAACGGUCACUGGUGGGGCAGUGGCCUUCAUCAUCGCUUCCAUCUGAUGUUCACGGCUCUCAGGGCUUUGGGGCCACAGAUGGAGCCAGCAUUCACUUCAAUAGUUGCUGUGCUGAUCGCGGACAGUACCUUCAAAGUCUACAUAAAGCAUUUUUAAUGCACUUCAACUAUGUCGUGGUACGUUGGACUUAA